AUGGUUAGGGAGACGAAGUUGUACGAUCUGUUGGGUGUGUCACCCAGUGCUGAUGACACACAGAUCAAGAAAGCGUACAGAAAGGCAGCGCUGAAGUACCAUCCCGAUAAGAAUCCAAGUAAAGAAGCUUCAGAGAAGUUCAAGGAAUUGACAGUUGCAUAUGAAGUGCUGAGCGAUUCGCAGAAGAGAGAAAUUUACGAUCAAUACGGUGAAGAAGGUUUGGCGGGUGGCGGAGCUGGAGCAGGUGGAUUCGGUGGCGGAUUUGGUGGGUUUGGGGAGGAUAUUUUUUCGCAGUUCUUUGGGGGCGGGUCUUCUAGACCUCGUGGGCCUCAACGUGGGCGCGACAUCAAGCAUGAGAUGUCUGCUACGUUAGAAGAACUCUACAAGGGCAGAACUGCGAAGCUCGCGCUCAACAAGCAAAUUCUGUGUAAAUCGUGCGAGGGUCGUGGUGGUAAAGAAGGUGCUGUGAAGAAAUGUAGCAGUUGUAACGGUGUUGGUGUCAAGUUUGUCACGAGACAAAUGGGACCUAUGAUCCAGAGAUUCCAAACUGAGUGUGACGUGUGUAACGGUACCGGUGACAUAAUCGACCCCAAGGACCGUUGCAAGGCUUGUAACGGUAAGAAGAUCGCGAAUGAGAGAAAGAUUUUAGAAGUGCAUAUCGAACCUGGUAUGAAGGAUGGUCAAAAAAUCGUUUUCGAAGGCGAAGCUGACCAGGCGCCUAACGUUAUUCCUGGUGACGUUGUUUUCGUCGUUACUCAGAAGCCACAUAAGAUCUUUGAAAGAAAGGGUGACAAUUUGUACUGCGAUAUUGAGGUCGAUUUGUUGUCUGCCAUCGCGGGUGGUGAGUUUGCCAUUGAACAUUUAUCCGGUGAGUGGUUAAAGGUUAGCAUUGUGCCAGGAGAAGUUAUCUCCCCAGGCCUCACCAAGGUGAUCGACGGUAAGGGUAUGCCAGUUCAAAAAUACGGCGGUUACGGAAACUUGAUUGUCAAGUUCAAGAUUAACUUCCCAGAAAACCAUUUCGCUGAUGAGGAAUCGCUCAAGAAACUGGAGCAAAUUUUGCCCCCAAGAACCAAGCCGGUCAUUCCAUCGAAUGCGGAAGUUGAAGAGUGUGUUCUAAGCGACUAUGACCCUCACAAGCACAGCGGUAAGAGCUCUUACGGUAGAGGCCAGAGUUACGAUUCUGAUGAAGAGGAGCAAGCGGGUGGUGCUGAAGGUGUCCAGUGUGCAUCUCAAUAA